GGUUUGGGUCGGUGGUCAGCUGAACCGCCGCUCACCAUACAAAUAUCAGAUUUUCGGACGCCGGUCUCCACUUAUUGGUAGACACUGGUGCAAGACUGCAGUUGGACUGAUUCUUAAAAAUACGAUAAGCAAUCAUGAAAGUGUUGUUUUUAGUGCUGUGCGUUUUGGGUGUGUAUGGAGAGACACCUGACUACUUCCCGAAAUGUAGAAGAAGCGACCCACAAAUUGAGAAAUGCAUUCUCGAAGGAGUGGAAGCCAUGAGACCUUAUCUCAAUAAGGGGAUCCCUGAGGUUAAUAUACCAGCAGUAGACCCGUUCGUUGUCCCCACUUUGAAGCUGGACAGAACUGCUCCAAAUCUACGGCUGAAGGCUACCAUUAGACAUGCGAAGGCAUUUGGGGGAUCCGCUUUUAAGAUUGAAAAACUUAAGGUGAACCUAAACAACAAAUAUGCUGCCGAAGUGAAAAUCACAAUUCCCAAGCUUAUGGUGGUCGCGGACUACGACGUGCACGGCUCCCGGCUGCUGACCCUGGACAUCAACGGGAAGGGCAGGAUUCGAGGCAACUUUACUGGCAUAGCGGUAGUAGCUAAAGGUGUGGGCAAACUGACGCAGAAGGACGGCGUGGACUACAUUCUUGCAGACCGGGUGGUUGCCAAAGUUAGGGUCACGCACGCUCAAGUUGCCGUCGACGAUUCUGAACGACCUGUAGCUGCAACAUCUGCAGCAGCCUUCUUCAACGCCAGCCCCGGGGUGGUGCUUGACAUCCUGAGUCCUCUAAUUGACGAAACCUGUGCAACAGUAGCCAAGGCUUUCAUUAAUAAAGUCCUAGGAUCGAUACCCAUAAAGGAUGUUUUGCUUGACGACUGAAAACUAUAAAUGUUUUAAAUAAACAAUAAUUUAUUUCCUAAAGUAAUUUGUCACAAAACUGGUAUAGUCAACCGCAUAUAAAGAUACUCUGUGUGAAACUAUAUGAGACGGUGAUGGAGGCGAAUUUGCGGUGAAUUAGAGUUGAUGUUCUGUUGACUGUACUAAUUAGAAAUAAAAACAUAUUAUUUUUUAGACAUAGAUCCAACAUGUUUUGUUUUUGGCUGCGUUUCAUUUGAUUUUGAAACUUAAGAAAAGGAAAGAUCUUGUAGUUUUAAAGAAGUGUUCUUUCUACGAUAGCGAAUAUAUGUUUAUAUGCAAUAGAGUGAAUUGGUGAAGAAAUGUAUGUUUUAGUAUGUACUAUUUAAAUUGUUUUUGUACAACUUAGGAAUAGAUUAAAAUAAGUAAUGAGAAUAUAUUCUCCUCAAUCCUUACACUACUAGUACUUAGGUACCUGAACAUAAUGUUUAAGAUUUAUUAAUUUAGGGUAAAUCAAGCAAAGAAUAGAUUUAUACAUUCUUCAAAACGAUCAUGCCCCUUUCCACAUAUUGUAUUGUAGUGGGCCAAAGACUCGUGAGUAUAUUCUAGGAAUAUGCAAAUUGGUCAACAUGAAUUUAAAAUAAAUAAAA